UCUCUAUUUCAAGUCAGUGGUAGAGUUUCAACAGUGAAUUAUGGAGCUAAACACUGCCUACAAAGUUGCGCAUGCUAGCAAGAGAAGAGAAACACAAGCUAUUGCAUUGCAAGGAAACACUGCUUACAAUAACGAUUCUACCCAAGAUAAUGGCUACACUAUGGUUGAGAACAAUGGGAGAGAAACAUUUGCAUCGAAAAAUAACACAGCCUAUGCAAUAAACAGAGAAGUGUUUACAACAAAACCUAAUUCUACCUCCGAUGUUCUGAGCAAUACAAAGAAAAAAAGGCAAGGAUAUGCUAAAAAUGAAUGUGAUAAGAAGUGGUUGGCAUACAUCUGAGCAAUACCAAUAGUGGAACAAGGCAAGGCUUGGCUAAAAAUGAAUGUGCUAAAAAGUGGCUUGCAAUUUUUACUGUCAUAACUUUUGUUCUGUCUCUGUUGCUAGCCGUGGCAGCACUGGUGUACACCAACAUAGAGUUGAAGAACCAGAUGAUCAGUACCAAUAACAUUAAUAAGUUAACAGUUCUAACAACAUGCAAGCUGUCAGAACCAUCAUCCAAGCGGAAGAAUAAAAGCUGUCAGAACCAUUAUCCAAGCGGAAGAAUAAAAGCUGUCAGAACAAUCAUACAAGCUGUCAGAACAAUCAGUCAGAACAAUCAUGCAAGCUGUCAGAACAAUCAUGCAAGCAAAAGAAUCAUACAAGCUUCCUGUAAUUCUCUUAUAACAUAACCUGUAACUGUUGGUAUUGAUGACUUAAACACCUACUGAAAGGAAAUAACAAUUAGAAGGGAAACGAUUGCUGCACUAGUAAAACAUACGUUCAGCAACUAUACGAUAAGUCUAUAUAUAUAACAACCUCUCUAUAUCAAGCCAGUGGUAGAGUUUCAACAGUGAAUUAUGGAGCUAAACACUGCCUACGAUGUUGUGCAUGGUAACAGAGAAAUACAAGCAAUUGAUUUGCAGGAAAGCAUUGCCUACAAUGUCAACCAGAGAAGUCUCACCCAAACAGAUAAUGAGUACAGUACCAUUGAGAACACUGGAUACAAUACUGCUGGAGAUACUAAAUCUACCGAAAGUGUUUUGGACAACAAAAGCAACACAAAGAGAAUAAGGCAAGAAGUGGCUAAAAAUGAAUAUGGUAAAAAACGAUUUGCAAUUCUUGUCAUCGUAGCUUUUGUUCUGUCUCUGUUGGUAGCUGUGGCAGCACUGGUCUACACCAAUAUAGAGUUGAAGAAUCAGAUGAUCAGUACCAAUAAGCAAAUACAGUCCAUGAACGAGCAACUGAACAACCAAUCCAGUCAACAGAUUCAAAUCCUACAAGCUCAACUCAGUCAUUCAAUUUUACUCCUUCAAAACAACUUUUCUGAGCAGCUGAGCAGUACUAAUAAGCAAGCACAGUCCAUGAACGAACAACUGAUCAUGAACAACCAAUCCAGUCAACAGAUUCAAAUCCUACAAGCUCAACUCAGUCAUUCAAUUUUACUCCUUCAAAACAACUUUUCUGAGCAGCUGAGCAGUACUAAUAAACAAGUACAGUCUACCAACGAGCAACUGAACAACCAAUCCAGUCAACUCAGCAAUUCAAUCAUAGAUCUUUCAAGCAACAUUUCCGAGCAAAACAAACAUAUUUUGAGAAAUCUCAAUGAUGCACAGUCUAUCCUUAAAGAAUUGGAGCCACUACUUUAUCUUGGAACAAUCAACAACCCAGCUAGCUCUUGUAGUGAUAUCCCUCAAGACCGACCAUCUGGAGAAUACUGGAUUGCCACUAACACUACUAGCUCUCCUGUUCAGGUCUACUGUGACAUGAAUGGAACAAGCUGUAGCUGCAACAUUGCAGGAGGAUGGAUGAGGGUAGCCAACCUUGACAUGACUGAUCCCAACCAAAACUGCCCAGAUGGAAUGAGACUGGUUACCAGGACAACAGCACCACUGCGUACUUGUGGUGGCCAAAUCGAACGACAAGUAGGAUGUACUUCCACUACCUAUUCAACUUAUGGGGUGGAGUAUUCAAACGUUUGUGGUCGAAUCAUUGCAUAUCAAAGUAGUACUCCGGAUGCUUUUGAGCCAUAUUUCACAAACAGAGCUGCAUCUAUUGAUGAUGUUUACGUUGAUGGUGUGAGCCUAACCCAUGGACAGUCGCCUCGUCAGCAUAUUUGGACAUUUGCUAAUGCACUUGAUGAAGUUCGAUUUAACGGUUAUGUAUGUCCCUGCACAAGACCUGACUUGACCUAUACUGGAGUUGUACCUCCAUUCAUCGGUCAAGACUACUUCUGUGAAACUGGAAGUCGACAAGCAUUUAUUAUUGGUAUGUUCUAUCCUGAUGAUCCACUCUGGGAUGGUCAGGGAUGCGGGGGUACCAGUACUUGCUGUGAGUUCAACAAUCCACCGUGGUUCUGCAAGCAACUUCCUCAACCAACUACAGACGAUAUUGAGUUAAGGCUUUGUGGUAAUCAAAUACCAGACGAAGACUCACCAAUUGAGAUUGUGGAAAUAUACAUUCGCUGAACACUUUUUCACUUAGCUAUAUAGCUAGCUGCAUGCUGCUAUAAACAUUUAAGAAAGUAGAAACUGAAUAAUACAGCAGCUAUGAACAUAAUAGCUAUAUCAAUUUCCUACCUAUUAUAUAUUGAGCAGUUCAUAUUUGCCCAUGCAUGCAACACAACUGAUUGAGUCGCUAUAUUGCCAUGCCCAUG